GACGCUUAAAUAAAUGAGCAACCAUUUCAACUGAAUCUUUUGAAAGCAAAAACGGCGCUAAACAUUUAAUCAAUAUCAUUUAAAUUAGUGAAACAAAAGUAUUGCUAAAAAAAUGAACGGUGAGGUGUGCACGGAUGUGCAAAUAUCAAAACUCAUAACAAAUUCUCGCGAACCGAUAGUAGUUGAGACGAAAACAACUACAACUACAACGACAGUAACAAAGCGAAUUUGUAUUGCCAAUGAUGCAAAUAUUGAUAUAACGGAUAUUCAAUCCCUUUUGGAUAUUAAAGAUAUUCCGCAAACAAAAGCAAUUGAUUGUACUAAGUUACCGCCAAAACCAGACGUCACAACAAACAAAGUGACAACACUCGAUACGACGAAAUGUAAAUCAACCGGAUUGGAUUUAAAUAAAAGUAUACCUUCAUUGCUGUCAUCAACUAAAAUUGAUGCUUUAGCUGACUUGAAUGAAAUAGAAACCUGUGUGUUUUCAACGAAUUCAUCAAAAAGUGACAAACACUUUAAGGUGGCGGACAGAAAUAUCGAUAAAAAGAAAAAAUCAAUGGAAGCGCAACGAAAAAAAAUAUCCGGACGAUCAAUGUCGACCACAAACGAUGCCAACAAAAAUAAAUAUAUUGAUGGUUUGAUCAACGAAUACAUGACAUUGGAAAAAAGGCCACGACGAGAAAAAGUGGCAAAUAUACAAGAACCAUCACCAUCUGAGACCAAAGAUCUAUCUGCAAUUUUUGAACUUUCAAGUGAAUCUAUCAAUUCACCGGAACUUCCAAGAUCAACGAGUAUUUCCCCGAUUGAAUUUGAUGCAUUUGACAAUGAAAACAACUAUGCUGAUCCAAUUGAUAACCUGAUGGAAUCUCCCAAAGUGAUUGCAUCCACAACUAGUACUAAGAGAAAAGAAAAGAAAACACACAAACGCUUAUUAUCAACAGUCACAAAUGAGGAAGACGCAGUUCAAGCAACUGAAAACUUUUCGAAGCGGACAAGAAAUUCGAAGAAAGUCCCAAAAGAAUCGAAAAGGGAAAAGCCAUCAAUUAAAAAAGAAACACCACAACAGCAACAACCUCUAGAUUCUAUGAAUUUAUGUCAAAAUAUUAAAAAAUCUCAAAUAAAGAUUUAUUCACCGUCGGCUCGAGGAAAACUACGAGCUGAUGCUGACAACAGAAUGGUUCUUACAAAGAAAAUGAUUGAAAAGAAGCUGCAAAAAUAUCCACAAUCAUCGGAGUUACUUCAACGACUUGGUAAAUCAAAUGAAAUGAUCGUUGAUGCGGAUUCUCGACUAAUCUACUAUUUGGGGGAGAAUGGUAAAAAAGAGGAGGAUGAAGCAAACGACAUGGACUUUUUAUCACUUUUGCAAAAACGAAGCAAGCCAUUGCUCGUUAAGGAAAAAUACACCAACUGAAAACGAUAAUAAUCCUUCAUAGUAUGUUUAGUUAUUAAGUUAUUUAAUGCUUGUCAAAGAACAGAAAACUCAAAUAAGAAUUAGUAAAAAUUAAA